AUGGCAGGUUCACUGACCUCAGAGAUCCAACUUUCGCUUGUGUUGCUGCUCAGCACAUUGGUUACAGUGAUUUGGCCUAGGUUAUCCAAGAACCAGCUGGACAAGACUGAAGCAUUAAUUUCACCGUGGCGCCAGACGAGCAGCUGGUUAACUCCUGAUGGGUCCAGUCCUAGUCUGAAUGCUCCUGAGAGUGGGACUUUGUUAGAUAUCCAAGAAGUAAUGGAAACUUCUUUCUUGGUUCUUAGAUUAAACCCAAUCUUCAUCCCGGGAAGUAACACGUUGGUGGGAUGGUCAAAGCUUUGCCAUACGACACGACCCGGGACUCCUCCUGGCCCGACCUCUCGGACCACAAAGUUCCCGGAAUCGAGUAAAGUGGCAGACACAUUCCUGGCCGAUGAAAGUUGCCCAGCUGGUCUUUGGUUCACCAAGAUUGGGAAAGCAUUUGCCUGUGUGAUCUUGAGAACCCCAUUGGUAUCAAUAGAUAGAGAGCCGGAUGAAUCAAAAACCGAUUCGAUACCAACAUACCUAUUGCCAGCUGACCCAAGUACGAAAGUAGAUGAUUCCUUGGGCGUGAAGAAUCCGAGAAUGAAGAUGCCACCCGCGGAGAUCAACUGCUCCCAAUCUCUGAGAUGCUGCCCCGGUUUCAAUGUGUCGGUUUUGUGUGGUGAAAUGGCGAGAACCAACUCGAGAAAGAUCGGUGUGAGAAUGAGAAGGAGGGGAAUAAGAAUGGGUGAAAGAGCCAUGCUUGGUUUAAGUGUUUGUUUCACUUUAAGCUGUCUCUUAACUCUUAAGAGAAAUUUAUAG